AUGACGAAGAGCAGUGCCUCCAACAACCACGCCCUGGUAUUCGGUGCCUCCGGCAUCACAGGGUGGGCGAUCGUGAACGCCAUCCUGAACGGAUACCCCUCACCCGAUGCAUUCAGCAAAGUCACCGCAUUGACGAACCGCCCACUCUCAGCCGAACAGGCGCUAUGGCCCUCAUCGAGCAAGUUGCAGCUGGUGUCCGGGAUAGACCUACAGAGCGACCCUGAAACACUCCAGCGCGAGCUGCGGACGCACGUGAAAGACAUCGAGACCGUGUCGACGGUGUAUUUCUUCGCAUAUAUCAUGGACAUGGCGCCCGCGAACGAGAUUGAGAUCAACGUGCGCAUCCUGGGCAUCGCCAUGACCGCUAUCGAAAAGCUGAGCCCAAAUCUGCGGUUCGUCGCGCUGCCGACGGGCACGAAACGGUACGGCGUGCAUCUGGUCGACGAGUUCCCGUGGAAGAACGACCUCCCCUUGCGGGAGACGCUGCCGCGAAUCCCCGAGCCGCACGCCUCGCAAGUGUUCUACUACAAUCAGAUUGACUUGUUGAAGAGCAUGUCGGAGGGCAAACCAUGGACCUACUGCACGGUCAUGCCGGAUGUGAUCGUCGGGUUCGUGCCCAACAACAAUGUCUACUGUCUCGCGCAGUGGCUGGCGAUCUACCUCAGUCUCUACCGCGAGAUCAACGGCGAGGGCGCGGAGGUGGUCUUCCCGGGGACAAUGGAAAGUUGGACGAUCAAGAGCAACGAUAGCAGCCAGGAUAUUAUCGCGCGGUUUACGAUCUAUGCCAGUUUGCAUCCCGAGGUCAGCGGCGGCCAGGAUUUCAACGCGGCGGAUCAUUCGCAGCCGUCCAGCUGGUCUGCGAAAUGGGCGAUUAUCUGCGACUACUUCGGGUUGAAAGGCGUGGCGCCGGUAAAGGGCCCUGGGCCAGACCCUGCGCGGUACAUCACGGAGAACCAGGCGAAAUGGGGGGAGAUGGAGUCGAAGUAUGGACUGCGCGAAGGUCACGUUGGAAAGAAUGAGCGCAGCUUCCAGUUCUUUCCGUACUUCAUCAUGACGAUGCUCAGCUUCGACCGGCAAUUGGACAUGACGAAGAUGCACGCCGCCUGGGGCGAUGCAAAGGAGGAGUUGACUACCCUGCAGGCGUGGUAUACGGCGUUUGAUCGAUUCCGCGAAGCCCAAAUCAUUCCCUAG